AUGUCGCGGACUGCCUUUUUAAGAUCUUGCUCUUCCACUUUACGAAAUUCGUUAAGAUACUUGCAAAUGGGUAAUUAUGUUCCCGAAAAGGGAAUUUUUGGUGAGGAAUUGCUGAAGCAUCCAUCCGGAUUCAAAUUACUGAAUGAAAAAGUGAGGAAACGGUCCUUCGAAUUGGUUGAUAAAAUCGUCAAUCGAAAAUGUGAUAAAAAAGUUGUUGAAGUUUUUGAUGAUUUAUCAAAUGAAAUAUGUAGCGCUGCUGAUUUGGCCGAAUGCGUUCGAAAUAUGCAUUCAAUUAAAGAAUUUAGUGCAGCAGCAGAAGAAAGCAUGAAAGAUUUCACUGAACUUGUGGAAAGUUUAAAUACCAGAUCUGAUUUGUAUAAGGCAUUGAAAGACUCAUUAGAGGCAGAGAGUAGUUCUUUGACAGAUAUCGAUAAACGCACUGCUAUGUUAUUCCUCGAUGAUUUUGAACAAGCUGGUGUCAAUCUACCUCAAACUCAGAAGUGUGAAUACGUAAGACUUAGCAAGGAGAUUUUUAUGGUUGGUUCAGAAUUUACGCAUGGUGCCGAAUUACCUGUUAUGGUUGCACCAUUUUAUAGUAAAAUGUAUAGAGUGAAGCGACAUCUCUAUAGUCCGAAUGCACUUGCAGUUAGUCGGAGUACCAGGCAGUGGUCAUAUUCUACCUAUUACUCAUAUAAUGAGGAGCAAGAGAAACGCUUACGCCACCUAAUUACUUGUCGACAUUUGUUGGCUCAGCUUACAGGAUACCAAUCCUAUGCUCAUCGUGCUCAACAGACUUCGUUGCUUGGUUCAUAUGAAAAUGCUCACGACUUCUUGAUUGAAGUCAUUAAAUCAUGUCAACCAGCAGCCGAACAGGAAUUAGCCGUAUUGGCUGAUGUUUUAGCUCAGGUAGAAUCAAAGCGAGAGCAUCUCUGUGAAUCUGAUUUAACAUAUCUUUGUAUGCUGUAUCGCGAGAAUGCUUUUGGUCAGUUACAACAUCUUUCCAGGUAUUUCUCGUUUAGCAAUCUUCUAAAAGGGUUCGAAUUGAUUGCAAAACGAUUGUACAAUGUUUCUUUUUCAUUUCUGACACCUAUUGCUGGAGAAAUUUGGCCAGGAAAUAUUAUUAAGAUUAAUGUUUUUCAAGACAAAAAUGAGUUUUUGGGAACGAUUUACAUCGAUAUUCAAGACCGACAAACGAAAACAGCAGGAGACUGUCAUUUUACUGUUCGUUGCUCCAAGCAGUUAGACGAUGGUUCAUAUCAAACACCAAUCGUUGUUUUAUCAUUGUCAUUAACAAAAGGAUUGGAAAGUAUUGAAAAUAUUUUUUUGAGUCCUCAUCAAGCUGAAAAUUUUUUCCAUGAAAUGGGUCAUGCGAUGCAUUCAAUGCUUGCUCGCACUCAGUACCAACAUGUGGCUGGAACUCGCUGUUCAACUGAUAUGGCAGAAGUUCCAUCCAAUUUAAUGGAAUAUUUCUUCAAUAACAUUGAUGUUUUACGCGAAAUAGCGAAAGAUAAUCACGGACGUCCGAUAAGCGUCGAAGAUGCUGCUUCUCUCAUAACAUCACGAUUCGCUUUCACAUCACUGGAAAUGCUACAACAGGCUGUAUAUAGUCUUUUUGAUCUUGAAGCCCAUGGUGGCAAUGCUGAGGGUAUAAUGAAUGGUCGAGUUUCAACAGCUGAUCUGUAUGCAUCAAUUUGGUCGGUAGUUUUUCCAAAUGUUAAGAAGGAGACAAGUUCCGCUUGGCAUCACCGAUUUGCACAUUUGGUACCAUAUGGUGCAAAAUACUAUUCCUAUUUAGUAGCAAGAGCUGCAGCUUCGUUGAUUUGGAAUACCAGAUUUCGUGAUUAUCCAUUUUCCAGGGAAAACGGCCUUGCGUGGGCAAAAGUGUUAUCGAAAGGUGGCUCGUUACCCUCAGCUGAUCUAUUGAAUUCGGCGCUUGGUUACUGGCCAACAGUGCAGAAUUUAGCAACGGCACUGAAGGAGGAAGCUGACCAAACUUGCCAACGUUCAGCCGUCAGUGUAUAA